AAUUAGAAAUUGUCCAAUCCUAUUGAUAUAUGUCCACAUUUAAGAUUUAACUUAAUGUUUCACAUCAUAAUUCUUGUUCUGAUAAAAUUGACCAAUUACCCAAGUUGAGUUUUUUUCCCUAUCUUUCCCACACAAAAAAUAAGCUUGGAAACAAAUAAUUUGGGUUGAAAAUGCUUCUUUACAUAAUGUAUCCAGUAAUAUUUUCGGAAAUUAUUUUAAUUUUGAUCCUUUUGUUUAGAACUCCUUUGAGGAAGCUUCUAAUGAAAGGCUUAAAUCAGUUGAAACUUGGUAGAGGUCCUGUGGUUGCUCAAACAUUAUUAGCCACCUUGUUUGUGCUCUUUCUCUCAAGCUUGUAUGGUCUCUUUGAUGUUCAUAUGCGCUUAACUGAUGCUGCUGCCAUUAAUCCGACCGAACAAGUUCUUAUGGUUUAUCACCUCCUUGAAGCUACUCUUCUUGGUAUUUGCUUGUUCCUUGCUCUGAUAAUAGACAGACUACAUUAUUACAUGAAUGAGAUUCGUCGGUUGAAGAAUAAAUUAGAAGAUUACGAGUUCCACAUCCAAAAAGGAGGAGCGCUGCGAAGUUAGUGCACCAAUAUACACAAGGUGGCGAUGCAAGUUAACAACUUGAAAGCUUAUAUUACAGGAAGUAUAUUAAUCAUCAUUGCUUUGGAGCUCUUGUAAUUAUUUGUAUGUACAAAAGCGACAUGUAUGGAGAUGUAUUGCAUUGUGAUCAUACCCUAUCGAAUAAAUCAAAUCACUAGAUCAAGACAACAAUUGAUGUCAAUUUGACAUAUAAAGUGUUGUAUUAAAAUUUGAAUUGCAAAUAUUAUUUUAAUACAUAACUACAAUAU